CUGAGUCACGAGACGCUCCUGUAGUCUAUCAACCGAAGAGCGCGCGAAGCUGGAGGCAGCGAAGAGGAUGUGUGCGUCUCUUCAAACGGGCUUGAUUGCGUGUUUGCGAAUGUUUUGAACGAGGGUGGAUUUCUUACACUUUAAAACAUCCAAGAUCACACCUUCUACUGAAUUGAAUGCUUACGAGUCCCGAUAAUUCUGAUGGAAUUAUGUUGACAAUUCUGUAAUAUCAUUUAUUUUGCAAAUAUCUUUGAUCGCGACCAGAGAGGAAGACACUAUUAGCUUGCUCUAAUUAUAACGUUCUUACUUUAGGCUCCUUAUUCAGUAUAUGCUACUACUGUCAACUGGAAUACACAAAGGAACAAGGUGGAAUAGUUUUUCUUCGUCCUAUUUCUGUUCUGCAACCCACAGAAGACCUGCUGUUGUAGGCCUAUGUGUUUCAAGUAAUGGAAGAGAGGUGUUUCAUUUUUUGACAAUCAAAUGUCAUAGUCAAAACGUACAGGACUGAGAGGGUGAGUGAGAUUGCUUAGCAGUAGCAGCGAUGUCUCAACUGUACUACCGGAGGACAGACAACUCCUCCUACAGGGACCGGAUCCCUCUGAGGAUUGUCAGGGCCGAGUCUGAACUGUCUGGCCUGGAAAGGAACUACCUGGGAGCAGUGGAGAAAGGAGACUAUGCCUCAGUCAAACAGGCUCUAGAGGAGGCAGAGAUAUACUUCCGGAUCAACAUUAACUGUAUAGACCCUUUGGGCCGCACAGCUCUGCUGAUCGCUAUAGAGAAUGAGAACCUGGAGAUUAUAGAGCUGCUGCUCACCUAUAACGUGUAUGUCGGUGAUGCUCUCCUACACGCCAUCCGUAAAGAGGUGGUGGGGGCCGUGGAACUGCUGCUCAACCACAAGAAGCCCAGCGGGGAGAAACAGGUUCCUCCCAUCCUAUUGGAUAAGCAGUUCUCUGACUUCACUCCUGACAUCACACCCAUCAUCCUAGCAGCUCACACCAACAACUAUGAGAUCAUCAAACUGCUGGUGCAGAAGGGGGUGUCUGUGCCCCAGCCACAUGAGGUGCGCUGUAACUGCAUGGAGUGCGUGUCCAGCUCUGAUGUGGAUAGUCUUCGUCACUCCCGCUCACGUCUCAACAUCUACAAGGCCCUGGCCAGCCCGUCACUCCUGGCCCUCUCCAGUGAAGACCCUUUCCUCACAGCCUUCCAGCUUUCCUGGGAACUCCAGGAACUCAGCAAGGUGGAGAAUGAGUUUAUGUCGGAGUAUGAAGAGUUAUCUCAGCAGUGUAAACAGUUUGCCAAGGACCUGUUGGACCAAACCAGAAGUUCCAGAGAACUAGAGCUGAUCCUGAACUACAGAGAUGACAUCAACCCUCUACUGGAUGAGAACACCAACGAUCUGGCCAGACUCAAACUGGCUAUCAAAUACAGACAGAAAGAGUUUGUAGCCCAGCCUAACUGUCAGCAGCUGCUUGCGUCUCGUUGGUACGAUGAGUUCCCUGGGUGGAGGCGUCGUCACUGGGCAGGGAAGUUCCUAACCUGUGUCUUCAUCGGCCUCCUCUUCCCCCUCUUCUCCCUCUGCUACCUGGUCUCUCCUAAGAGCCACUAUGGACACUUCAUCAGGCAACCCUUCAUCAAGUUUAUCUGCCACACAACGUCGUAUCUCACCUUCCUGUUCCUACUGCUGCUGGCUUCCCAGCACAUCGUCUCUACAGACCCCAACAGACAGGGGCCGACUCCUACUGUGGUGGAAUGGAUGAUACUGCCCUGGGUACUGGGCUUCAUCUGGACAGAGAUUAAACAGAUGUGGGAUGGAGGGUUCCAGGACUACAUCCAUGACUGGUGGAACCUCAUGGACUUUGUUAUGAACUCUCUGUACCUGGCUACCAUUUCUCUGAAGAUCGUUGCCUAUGUCAAGUACAGUGGCUUCAGGGCCAGGAACGAAUGGCAGAUGUGGCAUCCUACCUUGGUAGCAGAGGCUGUGUUUGCCAUCGCUAACAUCUUCAGCUCCCUCCGCCUCAUCUCUCUGUUUACAGCUAACUCCCACCUGGGACCUCUACAGAUCUCUCUGGGAAGGAUGCUGCUGGACAUCCUUAAGUUCCUGUUUAUCUACUGCCUGGUGCUCCUGGCCUUCGCUAACGGGCUCAACCAGCUCUACUUCUACUACGAGACAGACGAGGGACUGAAGGGAUGCAAGGGCAUCCGCUGCGAAACACAGAACAACGCUUUCUCAACGUUGUUUGAGACACUCCAGUCUUUGUUCUGGUCUGUCUUUGGGUUGAUCAGUUUGUAUGUGACCAACGUGGAGGCAAACCACCAGUUCACAGAGUUUGUAGGGGCCACCAUGUUCGGAACCUAUAAUGUCAUCUCUCUGGUGGUUCUACUCAACAUGCUGAUCGCCAUGAUGAACAACUCAUACCAACACAUCGCUGAUCAUGCAGACAUUGAGUGGAAGUUUGCAAGAACCAAGUUGUGGAUGAGUUACUUUGAAGAGGGAGGGACUCUGCCUUCUCCAUUCAACAUCAUCCCGAGCCCCAAGUCAAUCUGGUACUUCAUCUGCUGGAUCAGGAAACACAUCUUCAAGAUCACCAGGGCCAAGAAAACAGAAACAUUUGGAACCAUAGGGAGACGGGCUGCUAUAAAUGUAAGAAUAAACCACCAGUAUCAGGAGGUUUUGAGGAACCUGGUGAAGAGAUAUGUAGCAGCCAUGAUCAGAGAUGCCAAGACAGAGGAAGGACUGACUGAGGAGAACUUUAAGGAGCUGAAGCAGGACAUCUCCAGCUUUAGGUAUGAGGUCCUGGGGAUGAUGAAGGGGAAGGUGGGGCCUGGGGGUGGGGGCGUGGCUAUAGCAGGAAGUAAACCCAGUGAAGUGGCAGGUGCCUCCAGUCUGGUCUACCCUGACCACUCCUUCAAGUACUCCCCCAAGUUCCCCCCGGCCACGCUUAAGACCAACAUGUUUCACGUCACCACAUCCAUGCUCCAGCAGAGGGCAGCCCCCUCCUCCACCUCCUCAUCCACAUCCCCUUCCACCUCUCAGGGCUUGAACCGACUGGUCAACGGCUCUGUGGUACCCUCUUUGACCUCCACUGACACCUCCUCCAUCCCCACCUCCUCCACUUCCGUCUCCUCUCCCUCCUCCACUCCCUCCAUCAAAGACGGACUGGCCAGGAAAGACAUCUGUGACUUUGGGCUCUACUCUGUGUCUGAGGAGAUGGGGGAGGCGGACCUGGAGGAGCUGGACUGUGAUGGAGAGAAGGAGGAGCAGGGUGGAGCGAGGGAGAGGACGUGUACAGAGAAGGAAGAAAACGAAGAGAGGGGAGAGUGAAGAGAGAAGGGUUCAUGUUAGAACAGACUGUUGAGGAUGAGACUGCUACGUAGAAGGACUAUAGAGUGAAUACUGUUCAAAAGACCACAAGCCAUUUGAAUGUAUCAUUAUGAUACGUCUUCAUGGAGACCUGUGUAGUGACUUGUCUUGCGACUCCAGAACCAAUUCAGCUCUCAGACUAAUAUAUUCUGGUCUAGAACGUAUAAGCCGGAGACCUGGAGACUAGAAGUCUGUUUCUUGGUUUGUGUACCAAAUAUCGCUCUAUUCUCUAUAUAGUGUACUACAUUUUACCGGGGGACAAGGCUCUGGAACCAGGGGACAUAGGGUUCUGGAACCAGAGGACAUAGGGUUCUGGAACCAGGGGACAUAGGGUUCUGGAACUAGGGGACAUAGGGUUCUGGAACCAGGGGACAUAGGGUUCUGGAACUAGGGGACAUAGGGUUCUGGAACUAGGGGACAUAGGGUUCUAGAACCAGGGGACAUAGGGUUCUGGAACCAGGGGACAUAGGGUUCUGGAACCAGGGGACAUAGGGUUCUAGAACCAGGGGACAUAGGGUUCUGGAACCAGGGGACAUAGGGUUCUGGAACCAGGGGACAUAGGGUUCUAGAACCAGGGGACAUAGGGUUCUGGAACCAGAGGACAUAGGGUUCUGGAACCAGAGGUCAUAGGGUUCUGGAACCAGAGGACAUAGGGUUCUGGAACCAGGGGACAUAGGGUUCUGGAACCAGAGGACAUAGGGUUCUGGAACCAGGGGACAUAGGGUUCUGGAAGCAGAGGACAUAGGGCUCUGGAACCAGGGGACAUAGGGCUCUGGAACCAGGGGACAUAGGGUUCUGGAACCAGAGGACAUAGGGUUCUGGAAGCAGAGGACAUAGUGCUCUGGAAGCAGAGGACAUAGGGUUCUGGAACCAGAGGACAUAGGGUUCUGGAAGCAGAGGACAUAGUGCUCUGGAACCAGAGGACAUAGGGUUCUGGAACCAGAGGACAUAGGGUUCUGGAACCAGAGGACAUAGGGUUCUGGAACCAGAGGACAUAGGGUGUCAUAUGGAACAAGCAUAUAAGACGUCAUUCUCCGACCAGGAUUUCUGGAAAACCUGGGAAUUUGGGGAAAGGUACCUGAGUUUUGUAACCCUAGACGUGAUAGAACUAUCAGUAUUUUAUUAACAAGCCCUGUCUCUGCUGCUUCCUCCAGUCAGCCCCCUGCUAUUUCACAGUGAUCCCUUGUCAUAAGGCAUAAUGGAAAACACUAAUGAUUCUUACAGGUAGAUCUGUACAAUGUCACACCUUAGCGAAUUAUUCAAAACUAGUUUGAACACUAUUUCCUAUAUAGUGCACUACUUUUGACUUUUGACCAAAUUCAUUUAUUGUGUUGGAGGUUUCAUGAUGCUUGUAUCUAAAUGAAAGUAGAUAAUUGUAAGAUUGUUCUAUACAUCAUUUGAAGUUAAGUGUAGCUGUGUGGGCUAAUAAUCCAAAUGUUUGCCUUGGGGUAAUUUGAGCCAAUUACCACAGGGUAUAUUGAGCCAAUGACCACAGGGUAAUUUGAGCCAAUGACCAUGGGGUAUGUUGAGCCAAUGACCAUGGGGUAUGUUGAGCCAAUGACCACAGGGUAUGUUGAGCCAAUGACCAUGGGGUAUGUUGAGCCAAUGACCACAGGGUAUGUUGAGCCAAUUACCACAGGGUAUGUUGAGCCAAUGACCACGGGGUAUGUAGAGCCAAUGACCAUGGGGUAUGUUGAGCCAAUGACCAUGGGGUAUGUUGAGCCAAUGACCACGGGGUAUGUUGAGCCAAUGACCACGGGGUAUGUUGAGCCAAUGACCAAGGGGUAUGUUGAGCCAAUGACCACGGGGUAUGUUGAGCCAAUGACCAUGGGGUAUGUUGAGCAAAUUGAAAUGUUUUCUUCCCAUGCGUAAUCCAAGGCAUUAUCGCUGGGUUAGGAGGUAACAACAGGGACUGUCCUAUUUUAAAAGUAUUUUAAAAAGUACAGUGUUUAUUAGGUGUUAAGCCGGUGUUAAAAUAUGUUUAAAAUUAUUUAAAGACAAAAAGUGAUUGUAAUUGUGUUAAAGAUAGACAUUGUUUAAAAAGGUAGUGGUAAUAUUUAAUUCAGUACAGACAUUUGAAGGCGGCUUAACUUACCCUGUCCCACAGUUCAUAUCACCCUAUACCCGGUGUGUUGUGCCAAGAGACUACUUUUUUUGGACAAGCUAUGUUUUCAGAACUGUAAUGUUUACAUGAAUUCGGAUUAUUUCCAUGGAUACACAACAUCUUGAAAUAUAUGUAGAUAUCUUUGUUAGAAAUAAUACUAUAUUUCCCUUUACUGAGUGAUACAGAAUGGAAAAACUGUCUUAACUUACCCAACUCUCCCCUACAACUGAAUGUUGACAUAGCUUAGCUUGUGAAAUACCAUUCAUUAGCUUUUUUGUGAGGAAUUCCCCACGUUCUUACCAUAUGAUGCUAUACUCAGUACUGACAGUAACACUGCACACUAACUCAGCUCCCAGCAUCCCAUUUUAACCUUAAAGGGGCAAUCCGAGAGUGGUACAGCCAUUUGUGCAUAUUCUGGGGGGCUUUUUACAGCUCCGUUUAUUUGAGUGUUUUCUUCUUUAGGCCCAUCCCUCAGCCAUUUACCAAAACAAGUGGUGGAGUUACCACUUUGUUGUUAUCAUGUCAGGAUGUGAGGCAGAUGGUUCAAGUCUCAGAGAUUUAUUGACUAUAGAAGGGCAGGCAAAAGGCAGGUCGAGGACAGGGAGGGGUUCGUUAUCCUGUAAUAGUUGGCAGAUGUAGAUGGUAGGCAGGCUCAGGGUCAAGACAGGCAAAACAGGUCGUAACCGGGGAGACUGGAACAAAAACAAGAAAGAGGAACGGGACAAGGCAAACUGGCAACAGUCAAAACAGAAAGCACAGGUAUAAAUUCACAGGGGAUGUAUGGGAGACACCUGGUGGGAGACACAAGACAAGGUGAAACAGAUCAGGGUGUGACAGUUGUUUUUCGAAUCCUAGAUUUGCCCUUCAAGGUAAGAUAUUGGGACUCAGCAUCCCAUUGUUAACCUCUAAGACAUACUCCUGCAUUCACAUGUGAAGUAUUGCAUUGUAUUCUGCUAUUCUAAAUAUGCAAAUUGAUUAGAUAUGUACACUUUCUGAGGGAGUGCUAAUGUUGUGUUUUAUUUCUGGCAUUCAUUCAGGCUCCAGAGGGCUAUACAACAUGAAUCAAUAAACAUAAUAUGUUUUUAACAUAGAUGAUUUGAAGUCAGUAUCACCAUCCUUUAAACAGACAGUGAGCGUUUUCUCACAUAUAUCACCAUAUAUCACACGUUCCUCAUUCAUCUUUUUGCACUUCAAUGGAUAUUCUCAGCUUCACACCUACAGAUCUGCUGGAGUGUCUCAUCUACUCAUUAGAUCUCUGUCUCCAUGGUAACAUGAAUUGGAAGAAUCCUUUUCUAAUAUGAAGGUACUACACUGCUACUUCAGACUGGUUAAGGUCACACAGAGGAACAUUCGCUUGGCUGAGAAACCUGUUGAAAGUCGUAAACUAAGCAAAUCCCGAUCCUCUUACAUAUAUUUCUUUAAUCGUUUUUAUGGUAGGACAGAUAGGAAUAGUUUGUGAGACAGACAUUAAGGAUUUAAGGGCACAGACAGACGGCUGAGCAGAACUAGUGCACUUUAUAGGGUACCAUUUCAGAGUCAGACAUAGCCCAUGUGUCUGCUACUCCUCUCCCGAGUCACUCAGUGUUCCAGCAGUCUGCUGGCCUUUACAGGGAAAAGUCACACUGCAUGUGUUAAAUGAGUUAACCAGCCUGGGUGUUAAAAUACUGUCAUUACUCUCUCAUCUAACAGGGACAUGCUGCUCCGGGAGAUUUCCUGGUUCCUCUGGCUAAUGGAAAUACUUAAUUAUGGAUUGCAGAGUGAAUUGAUUGUAGAUUGUUUAAUAGGAUUAGAAACUGUAACAAAUUACCAUAGAUGUUGUGGGACCCUGAGCCUGACUGCCAGUCUGUAGUGCUCUCAUGCAAAAGAAAAUUCACUCAUUGUCAUGCUUGGCUUGACAAUGACAACGAUUGGAGUUGGGAAACUUUGGCUUUGGACUAUGGGCUGAAAAGAACUUCCUGCAUUCUCCAGCAUGUGUCAUAAGCUGUAAGGGUUAGGGUUCAGGGGACAUGUACUGUGUAGUUUCUGGUGUUUGUGCAGAAUCUAGUGAACAGUAGGAGUGUUCUGUUCCUCUAACCGGAGAGAGAAGCACACUGCCCUCCCUGACGGUAGGGUUAUCUCUAUGAUCCUGCCGACCUCACAUAGCGCAUGUGGAGCAGCAAAACAGCGAUUGACUUGUUAGUUGGUUUGUGUGGUGCAGACACAUCUCUUCAAAUAGCUCAGAGAAGCAAUUUGAUUUGAUUGCUCCAUUUCCAAAGGUACAGUAAAGUUGCACAGCUCACACACUUGAAAAAUGACAUUUCAAACACAUGCGAACAAUCAACAGAUCAUAGAAAUAUAUUAUCUUAUUCCCUUCUGUUAGAAGUUAGAUGAUAACUGACCCUUAUCACCCACACACACUGGUAUGAUUGUCUAGAGGGUUUUCUUCCUCAAAAACAUUUUAGAAUGGUGUUGUGUUUUUCUGUUUUUUUUUAUGCCCAUAACACAUCACUGGGAUUUUCUCCAAUUUGCCUCCCACAACAAUUGAGUUAGUUAAUUAUGAAUUCUAUUUUUUAAAGGCUCUAUGGACAUAUGAAACAUUUGUGGCAUUGUUUGUUCCUCUGACGUGUGGGCCUAGAGGCUGAGCGAGGCUUCAUUCCCUAACAUCUUUAGUGUAUUAAAGAGUUCAUCUGGCUCUGGUAUUUACAGCCACACUCUGAACCCUCUCCCCUCCCCUCCCCUCCUCUCCUCUCCUCUCCUCUCCUCUCCUCUCCUCUCCUCUCCUCUCCUCUCCUCUCCUCUCCUCUCCUCUCCUCUCCUCUCCUCUCCUCUCCUCUCCUCUCCUCUCCUCUCCUCUCCUCUCCUCUCCUCUCCGCUCCUCUCCGCUCCUCUCCAAUAGUCAUAGAUUCCUCUAUGUCACACUCCCCUCAGUCCACUAGGUGGGGCUAAACACAAACUGUUACUUGUGACAUAUUACUUCUCACUCCUACCUCUUGUGUUAGUUUUGUUUAUGUGGUUUAAUAAUUAGGAGUUGAUACACAGAUUAGUGACUGGCAUUGCAGGACUCAGCUUCUGUAAGUCCAUCUGGAGUGUGUUUGUGGCUUUCUAAAUCUGGAGGCCAGCUUUGUUCUGAAUAAAAUGACUUACAGCCUCCAGUGGUGCCUGCCUGUUCACAGAGGUGACUAAUAGUGCAAUAUGGUACCAUGUCUGUCUGGACCUUGUCUGUCUAGAACAAGAUAACUCUCUGUCUAGCUACUUGUUUUCAGAAAGGAACGGUGGAUGUAUGUUCUGUCUUCUACAUUGCCAGUGUGGUUUCUACAGGUGUAUUCUAUGGCAUAAAUAAAUACCAUUGUGAUUUUUUUGUGUGGUUUUUCCUUAAAUUUAAACGGAAUCUCAACAGAAUCUGAAGUAUAAAAUCUGUGUGGGAGCAAAUUAUAUCAGUAUCAAAAUGAUUACUAAAUCAAAAAUCUCAAUGAUGACAAUACCUUCCAUUAAUCUUACAACUAUUUCCCCGUAUAGUAGC